AGAAGAAGAAGAAGAAGAAGAAGAAGAAGAAGAAACAACACUUUGGAUAAGUCGAACCUGCAGAAAGCAAAUAUUCUUAAACCUCGGACCAAGCAUGAACUUUGUGUGUGACUAAAGACCUGCGAGUUUGAACAUUUAAUUCUCCUCCAGCUCAAACCAAAGAGAAACACAAAGACAUGAGAGGAGCAGCUGAGAGUUACUGAUGGAGAAAACAUUCAGGCAGUGGAAGAAACAGUGUCUGAACAAACUGGAUCACAGUAAGAAAUCCAGCGUGGAUGAAGACAUUGAACAUGUGGUGAUUCUGCUGAACAGUUGUGAGGAGUACUUCACGACCAGCUCCUGCUCUGGAAGAAUCAUCCUCAUUGAUGGAGUGUCAGGGAGCAGUGAUGUCCACAAACAGAAUUGUGUUUGGUUGUUUGUCUCACACCAGAAAUGCAAGUCUGAGGACCUGAUUUCCAGCCUGGCCAGGUCCAGUGCAGACGCAGUGUUGAAGUUUGAGCCCUUUGUUCUCCAUGUUCAGUGUAGGCAGCUGGAGGAUGCUCAGCUGGUGCACUCAGUGGCCAUUAACUCAGGCUUCAGAAACUCUGGUCUCACUGUCAGCAAGACGGGAAAAAUCCUCACGGCGGUCCGUAGCACCCACGGUCUGGAGGUUCCUCUCAGCAGUAAAGGGAAGCUCCUGGUUGACCAUGACUACAUCCAUUUCAUAACAAAUAUUGCAAACAAAAAGAUGGAGGAGAAUCUUAGACGGAUACAAAGGUUUCAUCAGAAUCUCCAGUCAGCCCUGUCCAGAGAUCAAAUCAAAGAACUACAAAUUCCUGAUACUGAAAUCUCACAGGAACUACAAGAUCAUCUUCACACAGCGGAGGCAGAGGAGGAGGGGGGAGAAAAACAAAAGGAAGAGAAAAACAAAACAACUGUUUAUAAACGGAGGCGGAAGAGAGAGCAGCACUGUCAGACUGAUUGUUGCCAUGGUGACGGGUCUAGCAGUGCACCAGAUUUGGAGGACUGUCUUGAUCUGUUCACAUAAACCAGCGGCUGUACAAACAUGCUUCUUCCAUCACUGGCAGGGUAAAAGUGUUGCUCUUUUUAGGACUGUUUUUACUGAUUUAUUGUUUAAGAAAACGGAGGCCUGUGUCAAAUACAGAAAGCCAAACUGCUUUGCAGGUUGAAGUUGUAUGUAAGAUUCAAAUAAAUUGAAAAGAAAAAUUCUACACACUACUCUUGCUCAGUAUCACCAAUUUAAUAGCAAAAUCACAACGUUUAGAAUGUCCGACGUGUAGAAUCAGACUCCUAAAAGAGCGUUCAGUCAGAUGAGUUUCAGUGCUCACAUCACUCAUGUCAUGUUAUAAUAAUGAUAAAGAUCAUAAAACUCAGCUUUAUUCACAAUCUAUCAUGAAUAAGAACAUUAAUUAUAUUGCAAAAAGUCACACAUCUAAUGCAACUACACGUGAGAAAACAUUUUUAAAAAGGCCUUUAAAGAACAUGAUUUUAUAAAAAGCCUGAUAUAUAAUUCAUAUCCCACAAGGCCCCACCCUACUCUGUCUCUGAUUGGCUGGUAAAACGAGAGACAGGCAGACAGAUCUAGAAAGAGAGAGAGAAAGAGAGAGCGAUGCCAAUAAAGCAUGAUGUAGGCCUACUGAAAUGGAAAUUGAGUGAGAGAAUUUAAUAAAUUGCCAGAGAGUGAAUGAAAGAAAGAAAACACGAUUCUUCCUGGUAUGAAUGGCAUCUCCUUUUAUUUAUUAUUUUGAUAAAUAUUGUGACAAUAAAACUGACAUUUCACUGUAACUACA